UUAUUCAUCAUUUGCAGGGUGUCAAAUUGACGUGUGAAAAUUCAGAAAAAUCGCAAUGUCCCGGCGAAAAUCAUCCGGAUAUUCGGCAAAUUUCCGUCGUUCGUUGUUGAAGUGAUCACAAGAAAGAAACAAUAAUCGGGCUUGUGAAAAUGAUCCAGAUGGAAUGGAUUGUAGUAAUUGCUCUGGGUUCCUUCGUGUUAACUGCCAUUACAAUCGGCUGCAUCAUUAGGCUGCUUUGGAUAAGACAUCGAUCAGGUUCUUCGAGACGCUGGAAGGAAAUCAAUGGAAGGUACGUGGACGCGAUUGACACGUGCUGUUCCCCAUACGAGGAACUGAGAGAAGGCACUUAUCGAAAAAACAUGAGGAGCAUUUCCGAGGAAUCCCGGGUUCCGACGGGUUCAUCCACUAGCCUGGAUUCUUCAAAUGCGGGUUCACAAGGUACAUUGGAUGAAUCGCAACCCGGAAAGCUGCAUAAGAAGUGGGAUCAAAGGACGUCACUCGAACCCGACGACCGGAAGCAGCACAUUAUUGUGAAGGACUCCGAAAGAAGGUGGUCGGAGAUGUGGAAACUCAAAUCCAAACCGAGAAAAGAACCGGAUGUUCCACCAGGGAAGGUGCCAAUUAUUGGACAGCAACACAGGGAUUCCUGCUAUUCGACCAUGUCUGAAAGCAGCAUUUUGACUCGCGGAUUUUCUCUCAGGAGCAAUUCCAGUCAGGGAACAUCCGGAAAUCGGUCUUCUAUGGACGCAGGAAGCAGUUCUCUCGGGAAAACACCGGAAGUUGUAGGACAACUUGUAUUCACCGUUGAAUUCAUGCCAAUGGUGUCCUUCAGAGGACGGCUGAAAAUUCGUCUUGUAGAAGGCGUUGAUUUGCCUGCCAGGGCUUAUGGUGGAAUACCCAGUCCAUUUGUUGAGGCUCGACUCGUCAAAUGGGGCAAACAGGAUCAAGAAAAUCAUCAACUGGGAUCCGCGAACCACGGUUUAGUUGAUCGAAACCCUGCAUUAAGAACAUUAUCAACGCAUUCGGGGUCAAUUUUCUCUGGAUUAUUGGCGAGCAAACGGAGACCAGCUUCUUCGACACCGUUGUCAGCGACAGCGACACCGACACCGACGACGUCGAUGAAUACUCUGUAUUUUUCUCACUACGACGGGGAACAAAGGGGAAAGAAGUCGGUGCUUUUGGUGUCUCCGAUUUUAUUUCAAGCCAGGACGGAGACGGUCAAGAAAACACGGAACCCGAGGUUUGAUCAAACCAUUGAAAUUGAUAUGAAUGUUUCUGAUCUAGUGGACACAAACCUUCAGUUGUCUGUUCUUGACGACGACAAAUUUGGCAAUCCCACUCUAAUGGGCACGACUUUGCUGAGCUUGCCAAAAGACGAACUGCAGCUUUACGUCGGUCGGAACGCCACAUUUACUCGUUGCAUCGUUCCCACAACCCUGAGUCGGGGAUCGAUGCAGUUGACGCUGAAUUACAUGCCGAGUGCCAAAAGAGUUUCAGCCUGUGUAGAGCGUUGUGUGCAACUGGACUUCUGUUCCAGCGAUCAAUGUGUUGAUGGGACUGAGUUUUGCAUCCGGAGUUUUCUGCUGACAGCAUCGGGUCGAGUUAUUCGCCGACGCAAAACGAGUUCAGUACCCGUGACCCCGGAAGUACCAACCGAGGUCCUGUUCCAGGACACACUCAUCUUCAGUGUGGCCCCGUCUCAAUUGGAGUCUGUCACGUUGCUGCUCGUUUUUUGCGUCAGAUCCCCGCCUUUAUUGCCAACAACAACAACAACCACCAUCAGCAACGCGUUGCCAUUAAUACAAUCUCAACAACAACCACUAAUAGUUACAUCCAGAGAUGAAGUGAAGCAAAAAGUUUCCGGCACAGGUGAAGAUUUUGGGUCCAGGAUGCACAAGUUUCCGGUUCGUUUUCACAAGGGCGACUUGGUGCCGAUCGGGAAAGUCGCAGUGGGGGCGAAUGUUAAUUUCGGCAGGGGAAGAGAACAUUGGCAGACAAUGGCUGCCAAUCCGAGGAAUGCCACGCAAAAUUGGCAUUCCAUGUUUUGAAGAUUCUUUCUUUAUUGUCAGAGACAAUGGAAAAAUGUCUUGGUUCUUAAUUGAAUAUACCCAUUAUUGAAUCCUCCAGCACAGCAAAGUUGAGAUAUUUUUGCAAAAUGUUGUGCCCAAGAGCAGUUAAAUUGAAAAAAAUUCAACCAAGAAUGAAGGAAUAUGUCAGAAAAAAAUUAUUUGCUGGCAGAACAUCAUUAAAAAAAGCCUUGCUAGGUGGUAUAUUUUCCUGCAGUCCUAGCAAAGGAUUAGCAUUGAAGAUUUUUGAAAACAAAAUGAUUCACCUUUCCUGGAUUUUUCCUGAAAUAAGCUUUCUCAACCCAGAUGCAUUUUGGCAACCAUUGGGGAAACUAAGAUUUGUCUGUAAAAAAAUCCCAACUUUGCCACCGGAUAGGAAGGAGCCUGCCAACACACUUGGCAACUGCCAAUUUAUUUUGAAAAACAAAAUUUCUUAUUGAUAAAAGAACGUCAUUGAUAAAAUGAACCCAUUAUUUUGAACACAAUCUGCCAAAAUUAUUGAUUACUCAAAUAUGCUCCUGUCAAAUAAUUGGGUCUUCAAUAUCCCCCAAAAAUAUUCGAGUAUGUGAGUGAGGUCUUCAUUUAAAAAAAACACACAAACAGACAAAAAUAUAUUCACUUCUUGGGAACAUUAGUUAGAUAUAAUUUACCCUUUACCAUGGGUUUUUCUUAUUUUCUGGAAGAAAAAGCAUUUACAGUAUCUCCUAUUAUACUGUAUUUGAUUUUCAUAUUAUUCUAGAUUUUCUGAUAGACUAUCAACCCCAUGAAAUCGCCGAAAACCUCACAAAAAGCGGUGGCGGCUUCUCAAAGUUUGACUGUUGAACAUUUUUUUCUAAUUUUUUGAAACCCCGUUUCAGAAGUUCUGACAACGCAGCUACAAACGAAUAAAAAUCACAACGGGAAAACCCCGAUCAUCCAAUCCCAAUAUGACGGGCUGUCAUUUAAAAACUACAUUAUCCCAUGUAAAAAAAAAAACGAAAAUACGUUUAAUUAAUGUUGCACAAAAUAUCCUGAUCAGUUUCCUAAAAUACGAUCGAUGCAAAACGAAAACAAUAAUGUAGGAGUUCAAUCAAAACCUUCCACAUUCAAUGGAAAGACUUCACUGUACUUAAAAGAAACUCGAAAAAAAUUGACGGUCAUUUGACGGAAUAAAAUCGCACCUUUCCGAACA